AUGGAUCCUACAGGAUUUUUCGUUCACGGAAAGCAUCUGCGAUUCAGAGGCAGUCAAAUCGUCUGUGUCCAUAUAAAGGAGCACUUCUGGAAGCUUUGCAGUGUUAUCGACAAGCCCACCGCUCAUCUGUCCACUGGUUUACAAUACUCUGAAGUCGAUUGCCCGGAACGCAAGCCACUCGUACCUUUCUCCUAUCGUCAAGGGAAUGUCUCAAGCCACUCGUACCUUUCUCCUAUCGUCAAGGGAAUGUCUCAACCCAGGCGCAUAGCCCUCAUUGGCAGCACAGGCAUGCUCGGAGCGGCAGUCGUGCAAGCCAUUCUUGCGAGAAGAGACUUGUUCGACCUCACCAUUCUCGCCAGAAGCAGUUCAGCCAGCAAGAUUCCAGAAGGGGUCAGAACCAUCGUCGUCAACUCUUACGACAAUCCGGAGAGCGAUGAGGCUCUAAUCCAGGGACUAAGGGGUCACGAUGUUCUCGUCUCAACCCUGAACUCAGCAGUAGCGGUAGAAGGUAAGGAAGUCUUCCGGACCAAGCUGAAUGAGACUUGA